AUGAUGUCAUCGGUUGCGACAGAAGGCAAACUCCGGCAGGCUGUGAGCUUGCAGGGAGUUGACCCAGAAACAUGCAUGAUUGUAUUUGAAAACCACUGGGCGCAGGUUGUGAAAAUCUUAGAGAAGCAUGACCCCUUGAAGAACACCCAGGCAAAAUAUGGGUUCAUCCCUCCAGAUGAGGCCAGUGCUGUACAGAACUAUGUAGAACACAUGCUCUUUUUGCUGAUUGAAGAGCAAGCCAGGGAUGCUGCCAUGGGGCCAAUCCUGGAAUUUGUGGUCUCUGAGAACAUCAUGGAAAAACUCUUCCUUUGGAGUCUGAGACGGGAAUUUACUGAUGAGACUAAAAUGGAGCAGCUAAAGAUGUAUGAGAUGUUGAUCACCCAGUCCCACCAGCCUCUGCUGCAUCACAAGCCCAUCCUGAAGCCCCUGAUGAUGUUGCUGAGCUCUUGUUCAGGAACAACCACCCCCACUGUGGAGGGGAAGCUGGUUGUCCUGCUCAAUCAGCUCUGUUCCAUUCUUGCCAAAGAUCCAUCCAUCCUGGAACUCUUCUUCCACACUAGCGAGGACCAAGGGGCUGCCAACUUCCUCAUCUUCUCUCUUCUGAUUCCCUUCAUUCACCGGGAGGGGACUGUAGGCCAGCAGGCCCGGGAUGCUUUGCUCUUCAUCAUGUCUCUCUCUGCUGAGAACAGCAUGGUGGCCCAUCACAUCGUGGAGAACACCUACUUUUGUCCAGUGCUUGCGACCGGGCUCAGUGGUCUGUACUCUUCCCUGCCUGCCAAGCUGGAAGAGAAAGACGAGGAAUGGCACUGCCUUCUGAAGGACGACUGGGUCCUGCUCCCUCCUCUGGUCCAGUUCAUGAACUCCCUUGAGUUCUGCAACGCCGUCAUUCAGGUGGCUCACCCCUUGAUUCGUAAUCAGCUCGUCAGUUAUAUUUACAAUGGAUUCUUGGUACCAGUCUUGGCUCCAGCUCUCCAUAAG